AUAAACCCUAAGAACGAAGUGGUGAAGGCAGCAAAGCAAAAAUCUCAAUUUCAACCUCUUAAGUCUCUCCAAAGUCCCAUAAACCCUAAAACAAUGUCGAGACGUUUCAAUCCGUUAGAAGAUCCGCCGAGUGCUUCUUCAAGCGACGAAGAAGGUAAAGAAAUCGCACGAAACUCUUCUUCGGAUGAUGAAGAUGACGUUUCCUCUGAAAACCCAUCACCUUUGAAGACGACUCUCGACGCCGUUUCCGAUUCCGAAUCUGGUUCGGAUGAAGAAACCGAUUCAGACUCUGAACUCGAGAAGAAGAAAGAUCAAGUUGUGACGAAUCCUGUGGAUGUGAAGAGGGCUAAGAAGGUGAAAACCUCCGAGAAAUCUGGGGCUAAACGUUCUCUUGAAGUGGAUGAAGCAGCAGUGUCUAUGGAUGUGAAGAGGGCUAAGAAGGUUUCAGGGGAAGAGGAGAAGAAGAAGAGUGGUGGCGGAGGAGAAGAGACGAAGAAAACUUAUUUCCAGCGACUUUGGACUGAAGAUGAUGAGAUUGUGGUUUUACAAGGUCUGAUUGAUGACAAAAAAGAUACAGGGGUAAGUAAUACGAAUAAGGUUUAUGAGUUGGUGAAAAAAUCUAUUAGUUUUGAUGUUAGUAAGAAUCAGCUUAUGGAAAAGCUUAGGGCUUUAAAGAAGAAGUAUGAGAACAAUCUUGGUAAAGCCAAGGAUGGUGUUGAACCUACUUUCGUCAAACCUCAUGAUCGCAAGGCUUUUGAAUUGUCUAAGUUAGUUUGGGGAGGUAUUAGAAUGGCUCUUGCAUCUGGUAUGAAAUCUAAUGAGAAGUCGAAGAAGAGUAGUAAGUUUGAGUCUGUGAAGCAUGAACUUGAUUCUUCUUUGCCCAACAGUAAAAACAACUGUGAAGAUGAGGUGAUGGAUGAAGGAGAAGUCUCUUUUACAAAGUCUUCUCUUGUUAGAUCGAUAGUGGGUCUUGGCAUGGAUGAACUUACUGCUCAACAAGGAUUGAGUAAGCUUGCCUCAAAGGAUAUGAAGAGAUUUUACGAGCAGUGGAAAGCGAUGCAGGCUAGGGAAUUUGAGUUCUUUUUGCAGAAGCAUGGUUUUCUUUUUGAAGUGCUAUCAAAGAUAUCUGAAGCAUUUGGAUCAAACGCUUAGAUAUAUUUAUGGUUUUUGUUUUUUUGGUUCUGCCUCUUUUGUUUAGAACUCUUGG